GAGGUUUGAGCUGCGAAGUGUUGAACACCCGAAGUUAGUGAGCAAGUUGUCUAAAGCUACUUUGUUUUAUCCUCUGUGGUCUUUUAACAACAACAAAACAAAAACACUUAAGCUAAAACGCUAAUUGGUGUUAAUUGGGUCCAGUCAUGGAAGAAGACACUGAAGGAGAGCAGCAGCUUCUCCACCACGCUCAACAAGGAAACUGUCUCCUUAUCAAGAAGCUGCUUCAGUCGAGAAUGGACAAAAACAUCUCGCUGGACAUCAACUGCAGAUCCAGGUGUAAAAGCACCUCAGGAUGGACAGCUCUCCACCUGGCCUGUAGCUCUGGUCACAGGGAUGUUGUGGAGGAGUUACUCAAGGCAGGGGUGGAUGUGAAUCUGCAGGAUAAGUUGGGUGACACCGCUCUACACAAAGCAGCUUCUACUGGAAGAAAGGAGAUUGUUUUGUUGCUGCUCCGGUACGCUGCCUGUGCCAGUAUAAUCAAUGGGACGGCACAGAUCCCCAAAGAUGUCACACAAGAUGAUGAAAUCAUUACCAUGCUCGAAGCUGCAGAGAGGAGGGAGAUGAGACGACGGGAGGAGAAGCUUCUGGAAGCUGCUAGAGAGGGGGAUCUCUCCACUCUGUCUAAAUUGCUCAGUGGGAAAGAGGCUCCAGAUAUCCACUGCAGCGACGCCCUGGGGAAUACGCCUUUACACUGUGCGACCUACAGAGGGCAGAAGCAGUGCGUUAUAAAGCUGCUGAAGUCUGGAGCCUGCCCAAUCAUUAAGAACAACAAUGAUCAGACGGCACUGGACCUGGUUCCUACUGAAGACCUGAGACGUAUUGUAGCAGCCUAUCAGAAGGAUGUGGCAGGUGGAGUGCAGAGGGUCGAGGGCCCUCUUUGGAAGAGCUCACACUUCCUUGGCUGGCGAUCUCAAUGGGUGGUUGUAGAAAAUGGAACCAUCUCUUGGUACCCCAGAGAAACUGAUGCACGAGAUGGUGUUAGAAAACAGGGAUCGAAGUCUCUUACACACGCGUAUUGCAUGGUUAAACCAUGGGAUCAUUGCUUCUUCAUGCUCCGGUGCUUCGAUGACUCUGUCCAUCAUUUCAAGGUUCCAUCAAAAAUAGAUUCAUUGGCAGCAAGAAAAAAAUGGUUGGAUGCCUUGGAGGAGCAUGCAUGCUACAGCACUCGUCACUGCACUGGAGACCCGAUUAUUUACGAUGCUGGUGGUGAUGCUGAAAUGAAAAACCUGACUCAGGCUUUUCAAGCAGCCAAGACCUACCAGCAGAAACUGGAGAGUGAAGUCUCAAUAUUUGAAUCCAUGGUGAAGAAUGAGGAGCACUUUGCGCUAGCUGCACCUCUUCUACUGAAAGCCAAAGAGACGAGUGAGCUUUCAAGUAAAACGUGUGACGCUCUACAGUUGUGCUUUGAACUGCUGUCUAAACAAGAGGAGGUGUGGAGCCUAAAGGUAGAGCAGGAGGAAGAAAAGAACAAAGCUCUGACAGAAGCUCUAGAAACUUUAGCAACUGAGCGCCAAGAGCUCAAACAGUCCUUGAGUAAGAUUAGAUCUUCCAACCUUUCUACCCUUAAUGAAGAUGACUUCUACGAUGCUGUGUCAGAGUCUGAGUCGGAACUCUCUGUGAGCGGCUUCCUGUCGGUGGCCAGCUUCUCCUACGAAGAGGACGAGGACAGAGAUCCCCCCCUGCAAAACAGCCUCCGCCAUCCUAGCGUGCACAGUGGGGCUGCCGGAAUGUCAGGGGACGGUAACCAUGGCAACCAAGCAGCCCAGCACAAUGGAGUGAAGAAGCACAGAACAUCUCUUCCAGCUCCCAUGUUCUCCAGGAAUGAUGUGAGCAUCUGGAGCAUCUUGAAGAAAUGCAUUGGCAUGGAGUUGUCAAAGAUUGCCAUGCCGGUGGUAUUUAACGAGCCUCUGAGCUUCCUGCAGCGACUGACGGAGUACAUGGAGCACAACUACCUCAUCCACCAGGCAAACGCUGCAACAGACUCGGUGGAGAGGAUGAAGUGUGUUGCAGCUUUUGCUGUGUCAGCUGUAGCAUCGCAAUGGGAGAGGACGGGGAAGCCCUUCAACCCACUGCUGGGGGAGACGUACGAGCUGAUCAGAGAGGAUUUGGGCUUCAGGUGGGUGUCGGAGCAAGUGAGUCACCAUCCUCCAAUCAGUGCCUUUCACGCUGAGGGUCUCGAAGAGGAUUUUGUCUUUCAUGGUUCCAUAUAUCCCAAACUGAAGUUCUGGGGAAAGAGCAUUGAAGCUGAGCCUAAAGGAACCAUCACACUGGAGCUGCCCAAAUAUAAUGAAGCAUACACCUGGACAAACCCCACCUGCUGUGUCCACAACAUCAUUGUCGGCCAGCUUUGGAUCGAGCAGUACGGAAACGUGGAAGUGAUCAAUCAAAAGACUGGAGAGAGAUGCAGCAUGACGUUCAAGCCCUGCGGCCUUUUUGGAAAAGAGCUCCAUAAAGUUGAGGGAUACAUCCAGGAUAAAAGCAAAAAGAAGCUCUGUGCAAUCUAUGGCAAAUGGACCGAAUGUUUAUAUGCAGUUGAUCCCGUUACUUAUGAUUCCCACAAAAAAAUGGAUAAAAAGAAUGCAGAGGACAAAAAAAGCAACAAGGAGCCUCAGAGCAGCGUUAACGAGUCCGAAGAGAUUCCUCCACCUGACGCCGAGACGGUCCAAGUCAUCCCUGGAAGUGAGCUCAUCUGGAAGAUCACGCCUCGACCAGAAAACUCAUCGAAGUUCUAUGCGUUCUCUACCUUCACUUUGCAAUUAAAUGAGCUGAGCAAGAACAUGGAGGGAGUUCUUCCUCCCACAGACAGCCGCCUCAGACCUGACAUCCGGGCCAUGGAGAAUGGAGAUAUCGAUCAGGCAAGCACAGAGAAGAAGAGACUCGAGGAGAAACAGCGGACAGCCCGUAAGAACCGCUCUAAAUCAACAGAGGAAUGGAAAAUAAGGUGGUUUCAACAAGGACCCAACCCACACAACAAAGCUCAGGACUGGCUCUACGUGAAAGGCUAUUGGGACAGGGAUUAUACUCAGCUGCCUGAUAUUUACUAAAAACCUGAAGAAAAUAGCUUGCACAGAUCUACACAUGGAUUCCUAUGUUUAACACCUUUAAACAUAAUCUUCUGCACUGGUGAUCAUACAUGGUUUGCAACAAAAUAAUGGACUCUAUGUAAAAUGGUAAUGUCAGGUUAUACGGAAGAAGAUUAGGGCCACAGUGCAA